AUUUUUAUUUUAUUUUUUUCCUCAGCUGACCCCAUGCACGCAAGUACUCCUCGCUCCGAUUAUCGCCGUUUUUAACUUUUACACCUUUACACGCAUUAUAAUAACAUUACGCUAAACGCGUUCCCCGCCGAGGUCAUCUCGUAGCUCAAUACUCUCCUCUUCAUACGGCAUCCAACGGUCGUGCAUUCGAGAUAUCAUUCCGUGACCGCGCCGGCAGUCAAUCGAACGUCAUUCCCGAGUAGAUAUCAACCGCCGGCAGUCGAAUUGCUGUACCCGUUGACAAGACUUCACGAGGACGCGCCCCAAAACGACGACUUCGACGAUGGCUGAACCAAUCCGUGUAGUAGUAACUGGCGCUGCUGGUCAGAUAGCAUAUUCAUUGAUAUCUAUGAUUGCCAAUGGUGAUGUAUUUGGAAAAGAACAAUCAGUAAUUUUACACCUCUUAGAUAUCCCUCCUGCUAUGGGCGUUCUUGAAGGUGUUUGCAUGGAAAUUGAUGAUCUUGCUUUACCCCUGGUCAAAGGCUAUGUAAAAACAACUGAACCAGAAGUAGCAUUUAAAGAUGUUGAUGCUGCUUUCUUGGUGGGUGCAAUGCCAAGAAGAGAAGGAAUGGAAAGAAAAGAUUUGCUAUCAGCUAAUGUAAAGAUAUUUAAAGUACAAGGUGAAGCUUUGAACAAAUACGCUAAAAAAGAUGUUAAAGUUUUGGUUGUUGGAAAUCCAGCAAACACUAAUGCUUUAAUAUGCUCAUUUUAUGCUCCUUCCAUACCUAAAGAAAACUUCACUGCUAUGACUAGACUUGAUCAAAACAGAGCUCAAUCAGCUAUUGCUAAACGUCUUGGACUAUGUGUAAGCAAUGUCAAGAACGUUACAAUCUGGGGUAAUCAUUCAUCAACUCAAUUCCCAGAUGUAUUUAAUGCAUCAGUUACAUCGUCUGGCAGCUCAAAAAGUGUUUAUGAUAGCAUAAAUGAUUCACAAUGGCUUGAAAGUGAUUUCAUUAAGACUAUUCAAACUAGAGGAGCUGCUGUGAUUCAAGCCAGAAAGAUGUCAUCAGCUAUGUCAGCUGCUAAAGCAGCAGUUGAUCACAUGCGUGACUGGUGGUCUGGAACUUCUGACGGUUCUUGGGUUUCGAUGGGAGUUAUCUCCGAUGGUUCAUAUGGUGUGCCAAAAGAUUUAAUUUAUUCUUUGCCAGUAUCCAUUUCAAAUAAGCAAUGGAAAAUUGUUCAGGGUUUGAAAAUAACCGACUUUGCAAAGGGCAAACUGGAUUUGACAGCUAAAGAACUACUCGAAGAAAAAGAAGAGGCUAUGGCUGUUUGUAAUGCUUGACAUGUGUUACCCCCAACCAACUGUAAGCUCUGAAUCUGCUGCUGUAUCCGAGGCACGAUUUUUUUUUUUACUAGUGAUUAUACACGAGGUUUGGGGGUUAUCCCAAUCUCAAGAUUGUCAUUCAUCAGUCAUACUUAAAGAUCUUACAAUGCUACAUUCAUUCCCAAAAAUGUAUGCAUUCUUUAAUUAAUUUAAAUGUUACUACCUCUAAAUGUAUUUAGUAUGUAUCAUAGUAUUUAUAACAAUUAUGGUAAUGGAAUUUUUAUUUUUAUUAUAACAUAAAAGAAAUAUAUAAGGUGCCCGGAUAUAA